GACCGCUCGCCAUGCCCUCGACCUUCGCUGCUGGAGAGCUCGAGCAGGCCUUGUCCGAGAUCCCCUGGGGCAUCCGCACCCACCAGCUUCUGCCGGACGACCCCUCGACCCCGAGUGCCGCCCGCGCCGAGAUCGCUCUCCUCGACGACGACGAGUCGGCCGUCAGUGUCGCGUGCGCAGAGUCCGGCUGGGCCAUCGUCGGCAGCAGAGGAAGGUGCAUGAAGCCCGGCCGCUCGUUCGACACGCUCGACGACCUUCUUCUCGCCAUCUCGCCCGCCUUCGAGACCGCCCGCAUCAACAAGCUCAUGGAGAAGCUCGCCGGCGUCGCCCAGGAGCGCGGCGAGCGCGCCCACGACCUGCACGACGAGGGACCCGAGGCGGCGCAUGCUCCAUGAGCGUCGCAGCCUGUAUACGUCGUUCGCGAGCGCAUCCUCGACGGCGUCACGACCGCCGACCACCAUCGUCGUCGGUCCUUGAGCUCACGCUCAGACAUCGCGACGUCGAUUGAGCGCUCCAUUUCGCGGUACCCGUCCUGGCCUGCGGCAUCAAGCUCGCCUCCGACCGCUUGUGCCGGCUCAAGCACGACGCGCGGUCCUCCUGUGCGCGUCCGGGCGUACAGCGCGCUCUCAGUCGCGGGUGGGAGGUCCUGCAGGGCUCGCAGAGGAGGAGGAGCGCGGCAGUGGUACGCUCUCGAGGAGCGCCGUGCAGUCGAUUCCAGUUUCUCGCACAGCC